AAGUAAUUGGCUUGAUGGGAAUUGAGGUACUUCGGACGUAGAUCUAUGAAGUUUUGAAUCUCAUGCUGAUUGCUGUACUUGGAUUCUGUAUCUAAUUUUUUUCGUUGCGAAUUGACCUUGUAGCCUUAGCUGCAAGAGGCGUAAGGCAUGGGAGCAUAGAGAGACGACGACAAGCAUUAACAGAAACCAACUCUACUAUUACAACGAUACUAUGAAUCUUGUCGACGUGAAGCAUGUCACUACUCUACUACUCGACCCACAGUUCUGAACUUAAAAACCGACAGCUUGUCCGAGCAACGUGCAGAACCGCAGCAGAGCGCAUGAUGCACGCGGAAAGAAUGUUCAUGUAUGCAAAUUCAUGGGAAGGGGAGCUUUCCCCCGAGGGGCUCCUCGAGGUCGCUGAGCGUGGCCCGCUGUCAGCUACUAUUCAGCGCAUUCUGGACGAUCAUGAGCGGUAUUUGGAG